GUCGUCACUCCAGCUGCGCAGAGGAGACGGAAGUCAGCGACGGGUGAGGGAGUGAGUGCAGAAAGAGGAAAACACACACUUUAAAACCCUUUUUCUGUUUGUCGUGUCGGGCUGUGUCUGAUCUCAGAGGAGCACCAUGCCGAAUAUGGAGCAGCAUUUGUUUAACCUGAAGUUCGCGGCCAAAGAGUUGCAGCGAAACUCCAAAAAAUGCGACAAAGAAGAGAAGGUGGAGAAAGCGAAAGUGAAAAAGGCGAUCCAAAAGGGUAAUAUGGAGGUGGCUCGUAUUCACGCCGAAAACGCCAUCAGACAGAAGAACCAAUCAGUGAACUUCCUCAGGAUGAGUGCCAGAGUUGACGCUGUGGCAGCAAGAGUGCAGACAGCAGUCACUAUGAACAAGGUCACUAAGUCCAUGGCAGGAGUGGUGAAGGGAAUGGACAUAACUCUGAAGAGCAUGAACCUGGAGAAGAUUUCAAGCCUGAUGGACAAAUUCGAGCGCCAGUUUGAAACUCUGGAUGUUCAGACACAACAGAUGGAGGACACCAUGAGCAGUACAACGACACUUACAACCCCACAGAGCCAAGUGGACACUCUGAUGCAGGAGAUGGCAGAUGAAGCAGGGUUGGAUCUCAACAUGGAGCUUCCACAGGGACAAACUGGAACAGUGGCCAGCAGCGUGGCGUCCACAGAACAGGAUGAGCUUUCUCAGAGACUUGCCAAACUCAGAGAUCAGAUGUGAGCAGAUCAACGUGAGUGUGUGUUUGUGAGAGAGGACAGACUGACUGUGUGUGUGUGUGUGGAACAGAUAUUGUGUUUAAUGUCCGUCAGAAGAUCCGGACUUCAUCAUUAUUCUCCAUUCUUGUGCGUCUUUACGGUUUAAUGACAUUUAAACCUUGUGUCCACACAAGGCUGCUUUUUUACGAGGCUCUACACAGAAAGUCUUGCACUUCAAGCAUUCAGGAAUGUGUUUCUGAUCUCAUCACACCUGCCUGCUGCUUCAAAAACGAACCAAUCAGUUUGUUUAUCAAUAACGCUGGCCGUUUCUUUAGGUCUGCCUGACCUUCACUGUGUGUGUUCAAUGUUGAUUUUCCAUCUGCAGAUGUUGACCGCGCUAAGCUUGUGGGACAACAUCAAGCUCAACAUCACUGUUUUUGCAGAUAAGACAUUGAAAAAAGGAUUAAAAAGCUCUUUGUGUGGACACAGGAACUCCUACCCAACACGAUAGCACCAUAACCAAACACUAUGAUGGUGAAAUACUUGUGUAAUGUGUAAAUACUUACCUCAGUUACUCCUUUCUCACUGUUAUGCUGUAGCACUUUAUCUAAAGCCUUGAUUUAUAACAUGAUGCUAAUAUGGUCAAAUGUUGUAGCCAUGAAUUUGCCUGCUCCCUUCUGCCUAAUGCUAAUUAUUAGCUAACAGGUUCUGUGCUUUUAGCAGUGUUAGCAUUUUUAUUGGUGCUUUCUUUAGUUCAGCACUGUGGGGGUGAAGAACAAAAUAAUAUUAGCUAAAAUGAAAAGAUUAGAGUGCUUUUAAUAACAGAUGUAUGUCUGUCAGUAUAAAUCACUGAGUGUGUUUACGUUAUGCAAUGCUUUAUAAAAUGAAGAUGCGGCAUGAAGUUUGAGUUUUACAUUACGCUUACAUCACAACUUUUUCUGUGAGUGUAUUGGCUGGUUGCAAAGCAGAAAUCUGAUUACUGCCUGACUCAUGUAGGCCCGGAGUUUCCCCAUUAUCUGAUUACUCAAGUGCAUAUGUUGAUCGGACUACUGACAAAAUCUGAUUUUCUGCUUUUAUCAGAUCAUUAAGUACAUGUAAAUGCACUCACUGAGUUAUUUUUAUUGAGAUCCUGCUGGUGUGGGUUUCCUCCCUUUCCAACUUGCACACACAAGCAAUUUGAGUGCUACUAGCACCCCCUUGUGGAGAAUCUACAGACAGCUAAACGCAGCUUUAUGAUGACCUGCGGAUGGAGUAACGUUGACAGCCCUGAACAGAUGUUAUAACUAAAGGCUGAAGAUAAAGUGCUACAAAAUGUUUUCUCUCCUGACUGUGUGAGAAUGUAUUUCUCUCAGUUUAUGCAAUAUUGGGUUAUAUAUCUCUUCCUCCGAUUUUCUUUUCAGUUUUCUUUUUCCUGUGUUUGUGUAAUAUGACACAUAUCUGAACAUUAAUGGUGAAUGAUUUCUUUUUUCUUUUUUUUUUUAUUUUCCCAGGGUACCUAAAUUUAUGUACAAUUUAAAAUGAUAUGGAAGCUUUAAGGCAAAAUCUCAAUUAUUUAUUUUCAUUUCUUUAUUAGGCUAGAUGAUCCAUAUCAGAAGUUCAUUAUGUUUUGUUUUCUUUUGGGGGAAAUACUGUCUGCUGACAAAGAUAAAGAAUUAAAAUAAAUAUUUUAUAACAUUUA